AUGUACUCUCGUGUAGCGAUUUGUUGUUUGGUGUUGUGUACAAUUACAGGAAGCGCAUUGGCCGAUGAAGGUGAUUACAUUUCCAUACUAACCACCUGGUCAUCAGCAGGAAGCGAUAAUGUAAGCAUCAUACUGGCCAACAUGGACAACGUGGCCAGUACGUUCGAAAUAGAAAACAUCGGUAUGGAAGAUGGUGAUUUGAUAGUUUCCACCACGAUCGAUCCGAAGCAUGUCCAGCUCUACCUUAUUCCACCCGAAUGGAGUCAAGCCACUAGUGAAGCGAUUCAGCUGGACAUCGUUACCUCGUCCAAAACUCCCGAAGAAGCACGUCUGACAGGACAAAUUAAACUGGCCCAGCAACCGAAAGUGUUAAUUCAACUUAGUGACACCCUUCACACUCCGGGAGACUUUUUGAAGUUUCGCAUCUUACUAACGGACGAACUGAAUAAGCCUUUGCCAAGCAGUGAGCAUCCGUUUAAUCUCACGAUCGCUCUACAGCACGAAUCCCAGCACACGGUGGCAUCCUGGGAUGCUAAGCUCGUUCCAGGUGAUAUCUAUAGUGGUCAACAUCUCUUCGCCGACGAUCGAGAUAUUGGUGAUUGGAACAUGACAGUGACGAUCGGAGAACAAACCACAUCCAAACGAUUUCAAGUGAUGCUAUAUUCAGCUCCAAUCCACAGGAUAACGAUUCAAACAGAAGAUAUGGUCACACUUCAGGAUGCAGAUCUUACGAUUAACGUUGAAGCAAUGUACACGUUCGGAAAACCGCUCCGUGGAAACUUAACGGUGACUGUGACGGGAGGUGAUGAUCGUAUAGUGAAGCGAUCCUCACCCAUCGCUGGUAACAAGAUUGUAAUGAUUCCGAUGGAAGAAAUAAUUACCGCACGGAAUACAGCUCAAACAAGGAUUAUUCAUGUUAACGCUACGGUGUCCACAACGAAUGGAAUAACGCAGCGCACAUACAGUCAAGCUAGAUCGGUUGAAGUUUACGCCUCUCCGUAUAAGUUGGAUGUGCUAAGAAUGGUUGACUUUACACCAGGACAAAAUGCAACACUUUUCAUCAGACUGACUAAAGCAAAUGGCAAACCUCUCAUCGCAUCAGGACACAGGAAAAAAGACGUAUCUGUUCAUGUAAUGUUCGACAAUGAUGAUUCAGUAAGCGCGCGCAAGUUCGUAACAUCGUUGGAUAACGAUGGCACGGCAAUGCUUUCAUUCCCCACCGAUAGUAAUGCGGAGCUUUUGACGGUUGCGAUGCAAUAUCAGGAAGUGUCCGUCUCAAUAACCCUAGAACCAGCCUACAGUCCCCAGCUUUACGUGCGUAUGGUGAAUCCUAAACAGUUUGAAAGAACAAAUGGUUUCAAACUCGCACUAGUAUCGUCCCAUCCAAUGGACGGAGUACUGGCAGUGAUUCGUAAGCAUGAUGGUGAAAAUAUUCCAAUUUUAGUUUAUUGCAAUCUUCAAAACUACUACGAACAUUUCGUGCCGCUGAUUCAACCUGAUGAUGUGCAGCGAGUGUAUGUGUUUGGGAGAUUUGGAGGAACUUUAGUACAAGCUUCGACCUCUUACCAAGAACCUGCUCUAUCUAAUCGGGUGACUCUACUGAUGAAUGGCACGAAUGUCAGGAUAUUCAGCAAAGGAGAUGAAUCUCGCAUUGGCAUAGCAGUUUAUGAAGGUUUGUUAGAUUUUGAUCAUCUAGAAAGCAUCUAUGCUCGGUCCAUGUUCAAUGGAUCCAUCUAUCCAGCGAUUGAAGAUGUAUUCCCACUGUCCAUCAACGACUUGACAGUGAUGCCACCGGUCCAACAAAUGGGCGCAGACAACCAACAAGACAGAAAGCUAAACAUCAGUGCAUCGCCAUUAAAUCGUUUACUUCAUUGGGAGGAAGGAACUACAAGCAAUCAGAAGGCAACGUUUCAAUUCCAGCCUCCUCCACACAUCAACCAACUGACGGUAAGCGCAUUCGUGUUUAGCCCCAGCCAAGGACUCGGUAUCGCAGAACCGAUCCAGUGGCAACGUCAGCAGGAUAUAGAGAUCUACCUUCACAUCCCGUACUCGGUGAAAAAGUUGGAAGUAACUCCUGUUGAUGUUUACAUUGUAAAUAAUCGCCUCGAAACGGUGGAUUUUCUACUGGUGGAGCUGUUGAACAGAGCUAACGAGUUCCAGUUUCUCAACAACUCCGGACGUACUGAUGCUACUCAAAAAAUCUUGUACGGUAGGCUAAAGCCGAACGAGGUACAGCGGGCAGAGUUCCUGAUACGUCCCAAGAAGCUAGGCUCGAUUACACUAAAAGCAAACGCUUACUCUCAAGGCAACGUAAUCGCUAGGGCAGAAACAAUACUUCGAACUAUACCAGAGAGUGUACAACAAAUCGGAAGUAUCGUACGUUUGUUCACCGUAGACAAUUCUACCGAACGGUUGGAUGCAGUUAAGAUACCAAUUCCGCGUACGGUUGAUAUCGGAUCGGAGAAGAUCACGCUAUCGCUAUACCGUGAACAGCUUCAAAUUGCUUCACUUCCGGUAAGCUUACUGCUCGACAAGCUUGUCCCGGCGGAUCCCUAUACGGAAACCAUAAGAGCAUCCUUAACGUUGGACGUGUUGUCCCUAGCUAAAUUAGAGUGGACCGAGAGGAAGACCCAUGCUGAAAGAGUAAUCAACGAAACGACUCCUAAAAUCGUAGAGUUAAGCAACGACAAUGCCUAUUUCACUAUAUCCGAUCAACAUAGUCCAGCAUCAGAGUGCUGGGACACGGUCAUUGCACUACAGGCACUAAUCUAUUCGAACAGACAUCUCCAUAGUGAAGAUGCCGAAGGUGUCAUCAUAUCUGCCCUUAAUUGGUUGAAGACGAAGCAAGCAAACGAAGGCCACUUCUGUGCCGACGAAGAUGCGCAGGAUGAAAUGAAGCAAAUCGAAAAGACUUCCCACGUUUUGUUGAUAUUUCUUGAAAUGAGACAAUACAUCUGGCGACACGUGUCUGUUAUCGAUAAAGCAAGAAGCUAUCUGCUUUCGAAUACUGCCUCGCUUCACACACCGUACCAUCUUGCGUUGGUUGGACACGUAUUGCAAUUUUCUUUAGGACGCCCUACCGGGACGGAAAAGCAUGCCCUGAUCGAUGAAAAAGUAUCCCAAAUUCUGAACACUCUAUUGGACCAGAAAUUACAAGCCUCUUCCGGAUUGAAGAUGUGGUGGAAUGGUACAGCUUCAGCAACGGAUCUGGAAACUACCGCAUAUGUGUUGCUGCUUAUGACCUCCAAAAAGUACUUAUUUAAUGCAGCACCGAUAGUUAAUUGGAUUAAAGGACAACCAUACCGCCGAGCGACACCUUCCAUCACACCCAACUCACAUAUAGCGCUUCGGGCACUGAUAGAGUAUGCAAAGCACACAACGUUUCUGGAGAAGCGCUACAAAGCAACGAUCAUUGCUAGUGACAAAACUGGUGCACUAGCUCGACAGGAACUGCACCACGAUAGCAAUAAUCAUGUGCUGAUACUUCCAGCGUCCACCCGAUCGGUAAGCUUCACGAUCAGUGGUACUAUUUCCGGUGCGUUUGAAAUCAACUACAGUUACAUGGAGAGUGUAACGAUGCAAACGCAAAAGUUUAACAUAGAUCUUUACCGAUACGAGACUUCCGACGAGGAUUAUACCGAUUGGCGCGUAUGCAUUCGUUUCCUGCCGAAAGGGUUCUAUGAGAAAACACGCAUGGUUACGUGCGAGAUUUCGUUCCCAACUGGGUACAUCGCAUUGGACGACAGCGUGGAUGAGUUGAGGCAACUUGAUGAUGUGGUGACUACAGUACUGCGAAACGAUGAAACACUAUUAUCGAUCACGUUUGAAGAGAUUGGAGUGCAGCAAAAAUGCUUCAAUGUGACUGGAUUUCGACGGAAUGUGGAAACUCGCCAACUACCGGGUACAAUUAGGGUGUUUGAUUUAGCUGAUGCGUCCAACAUUGCAUACAAACAAAUGGGCAAUCAAGUCUGA